GCGCACUCCACACCUCAGAAUUCAAGUGGGACAAUCAUGACCUUCCACCCAACCAUGGAAGAAUUUAAAGAUUUCAACGAAUAUAUUGGUUACAUGGAAUCCCAAGGUGCCCACCGAGCUGGCCUGGCGAAGGUCAUUCCACCCAAGGAAUGGAAAGCCAGACAGACCUACGAUGAUGUCAAUGACAUGGUGAUAGCCACUCCCCUCCAGCAGGUGGCGUCUGGGCGAGCAGGUGUGUUCAUUCAAUACCACAAAAAGAAGAGGGCCAUGACAGUGGGCGAGUAUCGCCUGUUGGCAAACAGUGGACAGUAUCAGACCCCACCACACUUGGACUUUGAGGAUCUGGAGCGGAAAUACUGGAAAACGCGCCUGUACGACUCGCCCAUAUAUGGCGCUGACAUCAGUGGCUCCUUGUUUGAUGCCAACACUAAGCAAUGGAACCUUGGCCACCUGGGAACCAUCCAGGACCUGCUGGAGCAGGAGUGUGGGGUUGUCAUCGAAGGCGUCAACACCCCCUACCUGUACUUUGGCAUGUGGAAGACCACCUUCGCUUGGCACACGGAGGACAUGGACCUUUACAGCAUCAACUACCUGCACUUCGGGGAGCCCAAAACGUGGUACGCGGUGCCCCCAGAGCACGGCCAGCGCCUGGAGCGCCUGGCCAGGGACCUUUUCCCGGGCAGCUCCCGGGGCUGCGAGGCCUUCCUGCGGCACAAGGUGGCCCUCAUCUCGCCCACUGUCCUCAAGGAGAACGGGGUCCCGUUCAGUCGCAUCACUCAGGAGGCUGGAGAGUUCAUGGUGACCUUUCCCUAUGGCUACCACGCGGGCUUCAACCAUGGCUUCAACUGUGCGGAGGCCAUCAACUUUGCCACCCCGCGAUGGGUCGACUAUGGCAAAGUGGCCUCUCAGUGCAGCUGCGGGGAGGCCCGGGUCAGCUUUUCCAUGGACGUGUUCGUGCGCCUCCUGCAGCCCGAGCGCUAUGAGCUGUGGAAACGCGCGCAGGACCGGACUGUUGUGGAACACGUGGAGCUGGGCCUGAGGCACCUCCAGCCCCGUCGGGCCACGCACUCCCCUAGAUCAGUGGGCACGGGCCAUGGGUCUCGUGGCCUCUGUGGCAGCCGGGCCCUUGUGCAUAAGCCAUCACUGUGCCCCCGGCUAGGCCGGGUUUCUGCCUCUGCUGCCCAGCCCGCGGCUGCCCUGGCCUUCUGCUCCUCAAAGCCCGACCCAUCCUCACAGCCAACCUCGGGCCCAUCUACCCAGGAUCGCCAGCCAACUGGCACACGUGGUCGUGAGAGUGAUCGUCGUCCUCGGGAACAGGGGACUCAAGAGUCCAUUGUUCAGGCCCCGGCUAAGAGGCGCCGCCUAGUGGGCGCAGUGCGCACAGCUCCGGAUCCCAAAGCCCAGCCUGUGCCUGAGGACAAACCCUCCAUGGACAGCCCAGCACUGCUGGUCCCAGCAUCCUAA